AUGAGUAAAGAUAUGAAACAUGUCGUUGACAAUGUUGAUUCAUCAUCAAUAAAAUAUGUUCGUUGUAAUGUAACUUGUUUACUUGAUUUACCAGAUAAAAUUAUAUUUCAUAUAUGUCGUUAUAUGUCAUUAUUUCAUAUUCUCUAUUCAUUUUACACACCUUCGACACCUGAAAUGCGUCUUCAUCCUGUUAUUUAUGAUUACUACACAACGAUAAAAAUUGAUCGAAUAACGAAUAAUGAAUAUGUUUAUUUGUCAAAUUUAUUUUUUCAUUUGAAAACUCCUCUUCGACCUAAAUCAUUAAUAUUGAGUAAUGAAAAUGUUAGUUGUGUAAUUCAACGUUAUUUUAGUUAUAUAUGUAGAAAUAUAAUCCAAUCAAUAUUUAUCCAUUUGAGAUACUUUACAUUAAUCGAUUGUUCUUCAAGUGAUCUUAAUACAAUUGAAAAAUAUUGUUUAGAUAUGAAACAAAUCGAAUAUUUUCAUAUGACUAUUUGUAAAACAAAUGAACAUUUUAGUCGAUUUAUCGAUGAUAAGCCUGAUGCAUCAAUCAAUCGAUUAGUAUUCGGUAGACGACGAAUGUAUUCUUUACACAAACUUAUUAUUGAUUUUUCUGAUGGACUUGAAUUAUAUAAAAGAUUAAUACCUCAUAAAUCUCUUCGUUACAUUGAUUUAGUUUUAAAAACUAUCGAUGAUUUAUAUAUAUUACUUGAUGGACUUGUACCUAAUAUAGAAAAGAUGAUUAUUCAAUUACAUCAUUCACGAAAACUCUCUUGUGUUCGUCCUAAAAAUACACUACCGUAUUUUCGGUUAACUGAAUUUACAUUGUUAGAAAAUCAUACUGAAUUUUUUAUUAAUGAUAUUAAAUCUAUUCUUAAUUAUAUGCCUGCUUUGAUUAAAUUAACAUUAAGUAUUCGUGAUACACGUGAUCUAAUAUUCUGUCAAGGUCCUAAGUUAGAAUCCAUAUUAAAUGAACAUUUACCACAUCUCUGCCAUUUUGAUUAUACAAUGACGCAUAGAAUUACUGAUUCAAAAUUAAUUGAAGAUUUUAUUCAAUGGCCAAUGAAUAUUGUUUUCUAUGAAAAUGGAAAUGUACAAUGGGUUCAUAUAUUUUCAUUACCAUGGCCAUCAAAUAAAAAUGAUAAACGACAACUCCCUAUUGUCAGAAAUGGAUAUAACACAUCAGUUACAUCAAAUGUAAAACAAACUAAAUAUAUGACUCAUGUAUUGAUUACAAAACAUAAUCAAUUAAACCAAUUGAAGAAACAUUUUCGUCGAGUUAAUCAAAUAACAACUUGUUUAUUUAUUGAUAUAAAAUUACCGUCACGUAUUUCUAAACUGAUUCUCACAAAACAAUCUCCUAUUACUUCAAUAAGUUCGAUAGUCCAAUAUUCAAUUAGUCAUCUUACUGUUGAAUGUUGUUUAAGUAAUGAAGGAGAAAUUGAAAUUCUUGCUAAUCAAUAUCCUAAUGUUAAAUAUUUGAAAUUAUUAUUUCCACUCGAAAAAACUUCAAAUAUUCGUUGUUUUCAGACAUUGUUUAGUGUUGAUGACAAUAUCAAUGGAAAUCGUCGUUUUUGGCCUCAAUUAAUAAAUUUUUCGACUAACUUCAAUCACAAAUCAAAUUUUAUUAUGGAUGAUAACGAUGUUCAACAUUGGCUCAAUCAAAAUACAGAUAUGAAAUUUGUUAAAUCUCGAUUUUAUGCUGAUUGUUUUAAUUCAACGUUCUAUAUUUGGUUUUGA